UUAAACAGGAAUGAACUUCACUUAGGAAGCGUGGGUGAACGUACUGCGUGGACAUGCAGCGCGACUCUGAAACCCAAGACUCUACCCAUCCGGAUCCUUGAGGGAACCUGUCGUUUUUUUUAUUUUGUUUUUGCUUCUUUAUUUCGAGGAAAGAUCAAACGGCUCAUUUCCCGAAAAAGGAAAGCUGCUCAAAGCGAAGAGACACACGCUCGUAUUUUGACCUCUUAAUGCCUUUUCAAUCCAGAAGAGUCAUGAGGAAGGGUUUCUCAGCCAGAUGGGUUUUCCAGGGGUGGAUUAUGUUCAUGCUGGUGGCUUUUUGCACACAGGCAGCCUUGGAAAAUGGAAAAUGCAACCAGCGGCAGUACCUUAAAGACAAGAAGUGUUGCAGUAAAUGUAAACCAGGCGAAUUUAUGACAGCAAGGUGUACUAACAGGUCGGACACCAGAUGCCAGCCCUGUAAAGACAAUGAAUACCAGCCAGAUUGGAACCAGGAGGAGAGAUGCCAUUCACAGAACGUUUGUGAUGAAGGAAGGGGUUUCAAGAAGACGAAGACAAUAAACCGCACAGCCUUGGUGCCUUGUGAGUGCCGGCCUGGCUUCCAGUGCUCGAUCUUAAACUGUGUGUUCUGCGAGAAGAUGGAGGAGUGUGAGCCCGGGUACGGAGUCACAUUAGAAGAGUCAGGCAGGACCGCCUGCAUGAAGUGCACGGAGGGAUUCUUCUCCAACGUCACCUCAGCCGCAGAACCGUGCAAGCCCUGGACAGAUUGCAGAGCCCUUGGAAAGACCGAGGAACAGCCUGGGAAUGAAAAAACAGAUGCAGUAUGUGGGGUGCCCAUUCCACCAUUUGACGGCAAUGGCACAUUACUGGGAGUGGUGAUUGGCUUGUCGGUUAUCAUUGUGAUAUCGUUUGUCAUGCUGCUCUUGGUCUGCAAGAAGGACAAGCUGAAGCCUCUGUCGGAAAAUCUUCGAUCAUGUGUGCUUAAUCUGAAGAGAAGCAGGAAACCACAGGAGACGACCUCUUCCUACGAAGCCUACGGCGGGCCACACACGUGCUCCCGGUACGAGACCACGUGCCUGAUCAGAAACGAGGAGAGCGCGCCCGAUUCCCUGAACACCUGCUCGAACGCCGGCCUGCCGAGCGGCGACAGGGCCCCGGUCGAGUCGGACGAAGGGUGCGAGUCGGCGGGAAGCAGCAGCAGCAGCAGUGGCGAGCCGUCCGAGUACGACCCCUCGCCGCCCACGGCCUCCAGCUCCUGCACCUGCGUGCUGUCCCUGAAGGAGCCCAUGGAGGUGGGGGAGAACGAGGACUGCAGCCAGGCGGUGGCCAGCGGCAUCUCGCGGAGCUGCUCCUGCGACGGCGAGAGCGGCGCGGGCGCGGCCGGGCACCUGCAGGAGCCGCCGUCCUGCGGGGGCGCGGCGGGGAGCCCCAGCUGCCCCUGCGGGCGGGGGCCACGCCUGGACCCCGACAGCAGGGGGCGCCACCGGAGCGGAAACGCGAACGAGCCGUGCUGCUGCAGCACCGACUCCACGAGCGCCCUCGGCGACAGCGCUGGGGACGUUUCCCUGGAGGACCUGAACUCGGAGAGGAAGUCUCCCAGCCACGACACCAGGCCUUCCAGACACACUGCCGAGCCCCCGUCAGCCUCGGGCAGCGUGACGGGAAACAACAACACCACGUUCAUCUCAAACGGACAGGUCAUGAACUUCACGGGGGACGUCAUCGUCGUGUACGUCCGGCAGAACUCGCACGGCAGCAGCGGGACCCCCGAGGACGGCUUUGCCAGCCCGGUCCAGGAGGAGACCGGCGCGCCCAGUUUUCCGGGGAGCGCCGAUGCGAAGGAGGAGGACCCCGUCCAGGGGAACGCCGCACGUCCCCUGCAGGAGGAGACGCGGCACAGGAAGGAAGGGCCCUUGAGGAACACGUCUGUGCCCGUGCAGGAGGAGAGCAACGAGUGGACCCAGCAGAAAUGCGUUUAGACACCAGAAGCGUGGUGGACUGGUGUUUUGGAAUUACACGGUGCCUUAAUAGGACACUCUACGUACCCACUCAGGGUGCUGCAGGUAGCACUGGGGCAGGAAGGACUUCUGCUAGGACUUUGUCUUUUAGUUUUUAGUAUUCCGGAUUGCGUUGCUCAAACCGACAGGGCAAUUUCAAUGACAAUAAAAUGCUAUGCAUUUGUUAAAUUAUUUGAAGCCUAUUUUUUUCUCAGCUGUAAUUGAUUUUCAGUCCCAAUUCUUUGACUAGUUACUAGUAUUAGUAAUGACUGGCAUUUGCAGAUCCUGUGUUCUUGAACGAGCAUGAGGUCUUGAAAUCUAGGAUUCAACUUAGUUUUGUGUGAUGCAAAUAGACACAAAAAGCUAGCUUCCAUUUCAGUGACUUCUUCAAGUUGUUGGUAAAAGACUGUUGGGACAGUAAUAACAGUGCCUCCCAAUGUUAGGUUGGGUUGAAUGUAAGCUAUAAUGUCAGAAGAGUGCAUCUGUACACUGUAUUUGCUGUUUCCUUUAUUCCUGGGGCCUGAGGCUACACUGGAUCAACAGUUAAGGGCUGUUACACGAAGAAGGGUUGUGUUGGGAGACAUGGAACACCUCGCUCUUUGUUGUUUGAGCCCAUCCAGCGAAGCCUCAGAGCGCAAACACUGCUGGAGAGUGAGGCGGAAGAAGGAAGGAGCUGAACAAAGAAAAGGAGAAAACCUCUGUACCACUUUACUUGAGGCAUCACCUGUCAGGCAUGUUAGCUGCGUGUUUGCCUUGUAAUGCCUGGAUUUCACAUCACAUGCAUCUUGCUGUGUAAAGAGUGGCUAGGCGCUACUUAUCUCUCAUCAAUAAUAACAGGGUAACAUACAGCCCUGAGGCUUUCACUGGCUCUUAAUGAGCUGUGUUUCAGUAAUGACACAGUAAUGCUUGUCUAGAAGGUACCUGUUUUGAAGAGUUUUGUCACUUUCUUGUUUCAAGGUUCCGCAAACGUUCAGCCCAUUUGUGUUAGUAUUCCUGUCUUAAAACCACCCGUUCUGUUCCCAGAGCAUGAGAACACCCUCACUCCCACUUGCUCUUCGUCCUGUUAGAAAGAUUCUUCUUUUGUUGUUUGCUUGAUGCCACCUGUAGGGAAGAGAAACGGAUUGAAAGGCCUAUACAGUAAUUAAGUGAUACAUUUUAAGCUAUUGAAACAAAAAUGGAUUUAGUUUUUAUAAGCAUUCUAGAAAGCUAUUAAAGGUUCAUAUAUAUAUAUUAAGAGACAUCACAGGUUGGGAAUGGAGAAAUAAAAUUAAUAUUUUUUCAUUUACAUGAGUUUUGCCUUUUUUUAGAAUUUUAUUUGGAUAUGAAAAAGAUGGAGCAACUUUGCACUAGAGAAUCUACAAAUACUGCCCCGUAACUUUCCAUUUAAGGGGUGUUCAAACUGCGCCCUUGUAUAAAAUGUUUUGUAUUGUGUCUUUAACAUGUAUAAAUGUUUUUUUUAUAAGA